AUGCACCAGCGAUUGUUCACAGUACCGUUUGUCCCAUGUCUGUGCUCGGACCAGUCGUCACAUGGCUCGCCAUACCACGUGCACCCAUACCCCUCCCCUGUACGGCUCCAGCAUGCCUUCCAGAAUCAGAACAGUCCGAAGAUGUUCCAUCCCAAAGGGCUCAGACCUCACCUUGAGGGUCGCGCGUACGGGACACCCAAUGAGAGUCCGAUCUUGGGGCGGGCGCUGUGCCUCACGCCGCGCGGCAGCCCGCUGCCGGGCCGAGUCUCCCACCUCAGUGACAAGUUCCACGACUCACUCACACUCACCACCGAUACGGACGCGCUGCUCGCCAAGAUCAGUGCCAUGUUUCCUACAGUUAGCGAGACUCACAUCAAGAUAUUGUUGAAGAAGUACUACAACCGCGAGGCGGUAGUGAUAAGCGCGCUGCAGGUGGAGAAGCACCCUAUAACGACCCCUGGUCCGGUGUCGAUGUCGCCGUGCGCCGCGGCGUCGCGGCUGCAGCGCGGCGCGGUCGGCGUCUGCUCCGCGCUGCAGUUCGCCGCCGCCGCCAGGGCCGCCAGCGACGUGCACGGCUCCGCCCACUUCACACCGUACACAGGCACACCGCACGGAUCUCCGUCCUUGUUUCGUCCGGCGUCCGGCGCGUCCAGCUAUGGCGGCGGGCGGUCCGUGGACGGACAGUCGCGACACCAAUCGCCCAAGAUGAAGCUCAAAUACUUGAAGAGUAUAUUCCCGAAAGCGGAGGAGACUCUGAUUCUAGACGUGUUGGCAAACAAGGACAACAACGUGCAGAAGGCCAGCGAGGAGCUCAUCUCCAUGGGUUUCCCCAAGAAGGAGACUGUUAUACAAAUGCAAAAGAAAGAGAAGGAAGCGCCACAAGUAUUACCUGCCACCAAGAAGGUCGUCACCAUCAUGAUGACUGCCGAGGAGAAGAACCAAUUGAAACAAAAGCUUCAGAAGAAAUAUCCGUCCGUGCCGGAGCGAGUGAUCGGGUUAGCGUUGGAGAGCGUCGACCACAAGGAGGAGCGCGCGGAACAGAUCCUGGACGCCGUGCUGGAGGAGGAGAGCGGCCUCAGCGUGACGUCACCGCCGCCGCCGCCGCCGUCACAGGAGGACAGGAGGCACCCCCUCGCCCCCGCCCCCGCCGCGACACAACACAAUUACCACUCGUGA